AUGCUGCCGCAGCCGCAUCAACGGCAGCGCACCCUGAUCCGCCGCCUCUUCCAACUUCGCCUCCGCCUCCGCCCUGCUAGAUCUCCCAGCGUCCGAUCGUUCACCUACCACACCACCCUCGCCUACCAAGGCCGACCACAGCUCCCGUUCCUAUCCGUCCCGCUAUCCAGGAAGCACCAAUUCCGCUACCUCACCACCGAGCGCAAGAGGUGGCUGGCCUACGAAUUCUACCUCGCCGCCAAGUAUACCGUUUACCUCUGGGCUUUCGUCUGCAUCUCUUUCAUCGCCUACUGGAGCCUGCUGCAGGAAUGGCUCGAGCGAACAUACCCGACGCCUCCCGAGUGGAGGUUCACGACCCGGCUGCGCUUCCGGACCGCGAAAUGGGUGCCUCACCGUGAAGACCCUCCAGAGCCCGACUGGGUCGUCACCGGUAGCUUUGUCACGAACGUCAUCGAGCGGCUCGAGGAUCCGGAGGUCGAGGGCGCGGGGCUGCAAAAGCCGGCCGAGGGCGGUGUCUGGAUCGACGGCAUCGCCCAGUCUGGGUACGACGUCACGGCGAAGAGCGAGCAGUGGAGGAGGGGCUACUACGAGGCCCUGAUGCUCGCGGGCCAGGUGGCUGAGAACCUCGACGACCAGGUCCACGACACGACGCGCGGUCUGGUCUUUCCCGCGAACCAGGUGAUCGGGCCGUCGAACCCGCGCCCGAAACCCAUCGGUGUCGGGUCGCCGAGCGCGCCGCGCGAGAAGGACUGCGAGCCGGCCUUCGCGCCUCCUGAAGUCUUCUACGUCAAGAUCCUGACAACGCGCGGCUUCACGCCGAAGCAGAAGCUCGACGCCGCGCUCGCGUACGCGUCGUGGCUCGACUUCAAGCACUCGCCCGACGCCGCCGAGCGCAUCUACGAGUGGGCCCUGACCCUCGCUACCGACUCGUCGCCGUCGCCGCCCCCGUACGACCCGCAUUCCUACGUCCUGAACGACUCCGCGCCCCGUCCCUCCGCGAACCUCCUCGUGACGCUGACUGCCCUCGCGACCCACCGCGCGCGGGCGGGCAACGUCGCCGGCGCGUUGCCCAUCCUUAUCUCGGUGCUGCGCGCGCGCCGGUCCCUGCCGCCCCCGCCGCCGGGGCCUGACGGGUCGCCCGCUGCGGUGGCGGCGGCGGGCUCGGCGUCGUGGAGCCUGCGCCGCAUUGUCGACAGCAUGAAGCUUUACGUGGUCGUGCCGGAGUACCCGCCGCCGCCGGCCGACGGCACGGCGCCGCCCGUCCGCGACGCGCGCGAGCUGUGCGAGGAGGCGGCGCUGCACCUGUACAUUGGGGAGAUCCUGUACUCGGCCUCGGCCUCGGCCUCGGCCCCGUCUCCUCCUGCUGCUGCCGGCCGCGCGGGGCCGUCGGAGCGCGAGGACGGGCUCGCGUGGACGCGCGAGGCCGUCGACCUCGCCGAGGAGCAGCUGCACCGGCUGGCGCACCGCGACGCGCCGGCCGCGGCGGCCGCCAAGAAGACGUGCCGCGAAUGCCUCGCCGCCGGCCUCGACAACUGGCGGGCGAUGGUGGCGCGGCUCGCGCGCGAGGAGAGGGAGCGGCAGCAGCGGCGGCAGCACCAGCAGGCGAGCGACGGCGCCGCCCCCGGCGCCAGCUGGUGGCCCGCGAGCCUGUGGGGGGGUGGCGGUGGCGAGAGCGCCGCUGCUGCCGCCGAAGCAGAGGUGGCGGAGGCAGCGGCCGGCGGCGGCAGGUGGGCCGCCGAGGAGAACGUGGUGCGCGAGCGCACGCGCCGCGCCGGCGACCUGCUCCAGGGGCUCGAGCCGCCGCCCUCCGGGUUCUGGUCCAUCUUCCAGGCGUGA